GUGAAGCUAAAAACAAAACAAUUACAAACAACCAAAAUCCCUUCAGCUCUUAAGACCUUUUCAAAUAAAUAUGGCUUCCUGCCAUGUCCGGUCAGUAAGUUUGCCUUCUCAAGCUUCUCAUCCUCUAGCUUUCUCAAUCAUCCAACAGCAAUUGAAUAAGCUCAAGGCAAAUCCUCGACCAGGUGGAUUUAUUGGACACAAUAUAAUCACCCUUGAGUCUUUGUCACAUUGCAUAGACGACUUGCUUCUGACCCAACUUUCUGAACACCACAUCUCCCAUGAACCUGCCACUAGAUUUGCUGUCGAAAACUUGUUAGAUGCGUCGAUCAAGUUGUUGGACAUGUGCAGCUUAGUACGGGAUGUUUUGUCACGAAUGAAGCAGUCGAUGCAAGAUUUUGAAUCAUCUCUCAGGAGGAGGCGAUCGGACUCAUGCCUGUCCAACCAAGUUGAUUCAUACUUGGUCUGCAGGAAAGGGUUGAGUCAUUUGGCCUCCAAGAACAUGAAGAUUGUGGAGAAGAGGCGAGGGACCAUGUCGUCGGAGAAGUGCUCCAAUAUGGCUGGAGAUCUUGUUAGCUUAUUGUGGGAAGUUGAGGAAAUAUGUGUUGCAGAGUUCAAGACCCUUUUGUGCUUUGUUUCUGCACCAAGAAAACAACAUUCCUCCAUGGUCUCAAAGCUGAUGCAUUCAAAGAAGGGGGUGGAGAGAGGGGAAAUUAGUGAAACAAUAGUAGAGAAGAUUGAUGCUGAAAUGUAUGCCAUCAAGUCAAGCAAAUUCGCCAAUGCAGAACAAAUUCAUGGCUUGUUGAGAGGACUUAAGGGGUUUGGAUCAAGGUUAGAGGAAGCAGAGGUGGGAUUGGAAGGUCUUUUCAGAAGGUUGUUGAGAAUAAGAGUUUUGCUUCUCAACAUUCUCAGCAAUUAGCUGAAUCGUUAUGGUUCUAAUAUCAGUUCUCUAAUCUCUAAUGUUAUUUCCAUCAUCAUGGUAUAAUGUACAAAAUCGUAUGUAGAUAUCUAGUUGUGGAAAAAGCAAUGCUAAGUUUAGUUGUUAAUAUGACCCUCUAUGUGCUUGUUUUAAUAGACAUGAUACUUAUAU